GGAAGGUUCUAGAUCUCCCAUUUCAGCCCCACGGGCCAGCAGGGGGCCCCGGCCUGGCAGUCGCGGCGCCUUUAAGGACCGGACCCACGCGGUCAGGUGACCAGGCCGUCGCUUAGCAACAGGACGCGGCGCCGACCCUGGCGGCCCUGGCUGCGGAGAAGCUGUUUCCUGCCUUCUCCUUAUUCCCCGACGCAGCAGCGCGGUGGACAGAGGCGAAAUGUCCGAGGAGAACCCCCAAGAGUGCGCGGAGCCUGUGGAGGCCAAGGCCAAGGUCCUUCCCGAGAAAACCAGCGACUACUACCGCGUACACGAGGACCUGCCGGUCAGGUUCAACAACCCCGCGUGGUUUCGGGGCUACAGGACCAAGGAGCCUGCCUCAGUGUACAGGACCAGUAACCAAGCUUACGGGGGCAGAGCCCCCACGGUGCAUGAGAUGCCGAAAGUAUUUUAUCCAAAUUCGAAUAAGUUUUCCAGACAACUUGCAGCUGGUGGAAUGUUCCGGAACAAUACUUUCAAUGUCUUCAUGGAGAAGAGCAUCGUGACAGGUCCUGACAACUACAUCACCUCCUACGACCGGCUCAACUUCCACCCCAGUUACAAUGUCAACAAGCCGUCCAUCUGUGAUUGAGGGCGGCUGGACAACCCCUCCAAGGGUGUCCUGACUCCAGCUUGAGACCUGGAGGAUCGUCAUCCCUGCUCU